AUGGGGCCUGGGAAAGCCCAUCUCCAGGGUUCCUCUUGCCUGGGUCUGGCCCUGUCCCUCCCUGGAUCAUGUACCGCUGUCGACUGCAACGGAGCUACAUGUACUUCGCUUCAGACACCCCAUUCUUUGCUUACUAUGGCUAGUAACGGCAUCUGGCACAAAACGUCGGUCCAGGCCGCACAGGAGACGAAACAUACGUAUUCUAAGGCCACCCUACCCGGGCAAAAGCGCAGUUAUUCGGACGUUGAACCGUCAGCGGGGUUCUCUUAUCCCACCAUCCCAAGCCGAUCGGCAACAGCGCAACGUUCUGUUGGGAUACCGGCUGGUUCUCCACGGCUCUCCGCCAGCCCCAUCACCACCCUCGCUGCUGCCCUCCAUAGGAACCGAGGGCUCUCUGAGUACUCUCAGCGACGGACCAUCCAAGCGACCCCUUCUUCAUCCGUAAAUCCCUUGCUUUCUCUCGCCCACACCAUCUAUGGCCUCCCACGGCCGCUGAUCCAUAACUUCGUCAAGCUUGGCAUUCACAGUAUUUACCCUUGGCAGAAGGCAUGUCUACUCGGCCCCGGUCUCCUUAGUGGUGAGAAGAACCUCGUCUACAGCGCACCCACUGGAGGCGGCAAGUCGCUGGUGGCAGACGUGCUCAUGCUGAAGCGGGUUCUCGAAGAUAAAGAUGCAAAAGCCAUCUUGGUCCUUCCUUAUGUUGCUCUCGUUCAAGAGAAGGUCCGUUGGUUGCGCAAUAUAGUAGAUGGCCUGGCCAAGGUGAAUGAUCCCCCUCCCGUAGAUGAUGCGAAACGACUUUGGCGGAGGAGGGCCGACGAGAAUACUAUACGCGUCGUUGGCUUCGUCGGUGGCGGCAAGGUACAGUCGACUUGGGCGGACUUUGACAUUGGAGUUUGCACUAUUGAGAAGGCAAAUGCCAUGAUCAACACGGCUAUCGACGAUUGCUCGAUCAAGCACCUCAGGAUUGUGGUUUUGGAUGAAUUGCACAUGAUUGACGACGACCAUCGUGGCUAUCUAAUGGAGCUUAUGGCUACCAAAUUAAUAUCCCUUCCUCAGCCGAUGCAGGUUAUCGGCAUGAGCGCAACUCUUUCUAAUAUCAGAUUGCUAUCGACCUGGCUCGAGGGUCACUCUUACGAGACCAAGUACCGGCCCGUACCCGUCGAGGAACAUCUCGUCUACGAAAGCCAUGUAUACCCUGCUGCCACCACGAGCGAGUUGCUCAAGACAGCGAGUCAGCUGAAGAAUGUUUCUCAGCCCACGCAGUCCGAGGCCAUGGCUAUCAGGCGUAUAGAGCCAUCAGUCCACCGAGAGCUCAAGGACCCAGUAGUCAACUCUGUCGUAGCUCUAGCGGCCGAAACCGCUAGAGCAGGAUACGGUGCAUUGGUCUUCGCCGGAAGCCGGGGUGCUUGUGAGACGGAUGCCAAGCUAAUCGCCCGAGUGUUGCCCCAGCAAGAAGAGGUUGGAUCCACCAUAUUCGACAAGAGAGUCGGCUUGCUUGCCGAACUGCGGAGCUUGAGCACCGGUCUAGAUGCGGCGCUCGAAGAGACUAUACCUUCAGGAGUAGCAUUCCACCGACUCACUACGGAAGAACGCGAACUGAUCGCCAAUGCUUAUGAUAAUGGCAUUCUGAAGGUUUGUGUUGCAACGUGCAGUCUUGCUGCCGGGAUCAACUUGAAAGACGACCUGGAACAAGUCGUGGAUCUUAUGCACUCCGAGAUGCCACAGCUCACGAGUGGCCUCAACAGUGACAAGCAGCGCAUUCAGAGAGCGUUACUAGAAGUUAUCGCCAUACGUUUGGCCACAAGUCGCGACUCAAUCGACGACUAUGCGGCGAAGACGCUACUUGCCUGCACAGGAGAUCCCGCACUCGUCCGAAAGUGUGUCCAAAGCAGUUUGGACAAUCUUCUCUCUCUCAACUUCGUCGAAGUCGACGGUCUGGAUGGUUUCCGUCCGACACAACUGGGCAAGGCCAUUGUAGCAUCAGCUUUGGACCCUGAUGAUGGGACAUUUAUCCACAAGGAACUACAACGCGCGCUCAAGGCAUUCGUUAUGGAUGGUGAGAUGCAUAUUCUCUACAUGUUUACCCCUGUCCAGGACUACGGCACAAGCAUCAACUGGCAAGUCUUUCGCAACGAGAUGGAGGCGCUUGAUGACAGCGGUCAUCGUGUUCUCGGAUUCCUAGGCCUCAAGCGUGCUGUAAUCAACCGGCUAGCGCAAGGUGGCGUGCUUAAGGGAUCAACACCCGAAGAACAAGAUGUAAUUCGUGUGCAUCGCAGGUUUUACAUGGCCUUACAACUACGAGACCUCUGUAAUGAGAUGCCGAUCCAUGUUGUUGCUCGCAAAUAUGAUGUGCACCGAGGCGCUGUGCAGACGCUCUCCCAAACAUGCACCGGCUUCGCUGCUGGUAUGAUCAAGUUUUGCGAGCAAAUGGGAUGGGGGAUCAUGUCCGCAGCGCUCGACCAUUUCUCCGACCGCCUGAGAGCCGGUGCCCGGGCAGACCUGCUAGCGCUGGCUAAGAUAACCUUUAUCAAAAGUCGAACAGCGCGAAUUUUCUGGGAGAGCGGCUACCGAAGUAUCGCGGCGGUCGCGAACGCGGACCCGCGGGAGUUGGCCCAACCAAGCAAGGUGCGAAUCAAGGCUCAAGAUAGCACUCAGUAUGAAGAGAAGAUGAUGGCCAAGGCCCAAGUCAUCUCAAAUUCGGCCAACCGAUUGUGGCAGAUAGAGAUGCAACACGACGUCUACGAAGAGUGA